GACGCCACCACGGUCUCGCCUCCGUCGCUUGUCCAUCACUGGACGGAGAGAUCCCUUUAAUUUGAUAAGGUGGCUCUUUAAACGCCACUAAAACAGACAAACAGUCAAUUUCAAGACUCUCAGCUUAAAUAAUGGCGCAGCUGCAGGCCUGUUUGCAGCCUCACAACCACCGCCACCGUCUGCUAAUCGGAUAGAGACAAGGACUUUGAGUGACUGCAGGAUUGCGCCUUGCUAAUGUUACGCAGCUGCUGUCUGUAACCAAAGCUAGUCGGCUAUCUAACGUUAGCUGAAGCGGCUCCGCUUUGCCAUAUGAUAUAGACGCUCAGUGUACAGGGACAAACCUGAGCAGAAAGCGACUUGCUCCGCUAAAUAGCCCAAUACCGCUGACAUGGACAAAGAAGAAGCAGACCGGCUGAUAGAGAAGGCCAAGCUGUGUUUACGGUCAGGACGGAAAGAUCGGGCGUUGCAGCUGCUAUAUGAGGCGCAGAACAUUUACCCCAGCACCCGGGCCAGAGUGCUGAUAGAUGCCAUACUGAGAAAUGGAGGCGGUGCCGCUCCAGAAACAAACCACGUGCCCCCACCGACAGGAUGGCGAGAUGAGGACAUUGGAACCAGUGAAACAAAUAAUGCAAGUGGUGACGAGAAGAAGAGCUACACCGAGGAGCAGCGCCAAGGUGUUCUCAGGAUAAAGAAUUGUAAGGACUUUUAUGAGAUUCUCGGCGUGCACAAAAGUGCCAGCGAUGAAGAUUUGAAGAAGGCCUACAGGAAGUUGGCCCUGAAAUUUCACCCUGACAAGAACUUUGCUCCGGGAGCCACAGAUGCUUUCAAAGCAAUAGGUAAUGCAUAUGCAGUGCUGAGCAAUCCAGAGAAGAGGCGGCAGUAUGAUCAGUAUGGAGAUCAGUCUGCAAGUAUGAACGCACCCCAGCAAUCCACCCACAGUCGGCACGGACACUACCGCAGCUUCCACAGGGACUUCGAGGCUGACAUUUCCCCCGAGGAGCUCUUCAACAUGUUCUUCGGAGGAAGGUUUCCCACAGGAAAUAUCCAUGUGUACACCAACCAGGGAGCCUCCUACUCUCAGUUUUAUCAGCCUCGUCGUCGACGUGCUCAUGAAAGGCGCGAGGAGGUGGUGGAGGAAAAUCAGAGUCAGAACACCUUCACAGCUCUUCUGCAGCUUCUCCCCGUGUUGGUGCUAAUCCUCAUAUCAGUGUUUACUCAGAUGAUGGCCACUAACCCGCCCUACAGUCUCUUCUAUAAGCCAGCCAUGGGGCUAGUGGUGUCCAGGGAAACGCAGCACAUGGGUGUACCAUACUAUGUAGACAAGGGUUUUGAGAAGGAAUACCGUGGCGCUGCACUGCAGGAGCUCGAGAAAACCAUCGAGAACGACUAUAUUGAACACCUGCAGAGCAGCUGCUGGAAAGAAAAACAGCAAAAAUCAGACCUGGCAAACCUCGGACAGCUGUACCGAGACGAUCGUUUAAAGCAGAAGGCGGAGACGAUGAGGCUGGAAAACUGUGAGAAACUGCAUCGACUGCUUGGGCGUCAGAGAGGAAAAUGAGGACUCUCGGAGAGGAGAAAGUGUUUCUUUACAGACUUUACAAUAAUGUAUUUUACCUAAGUGUGUAAUUUAUCCAAUCUGGCCACUUUGUGAGGAAAUCUCUUUGGGUACAGCACAACCAGUGGGAGAUUAUGCCGCUGGGAACGAUGUGCCUUCUCUCCUCGUUCGAUAGUAGAAAGUGAAGUUGCAUGUUAGCUGCCGGCCCUAGCUGUGGUGGUAGCUGUGACAGGUGCGGAGUCACUGUGGAAGCGUGUACAAUGUCUCAGAGCCUUUAAACUUUCUUAUAGAAAUGGCAUGACAUAAGGGGGCUCCCUUUGGGGUUACAAAGGCAGUUGUAUGUUCACACAUACAUGUUUUAUCUGGUUGGGUUUUGUAGUUCACCUGUAUUUAUUUUGGAUGUUUCUGUGUCCUUGCUCAAAUUUUAGGUGUAUUUAUUUAGUAGAUGAUAGAGGAAACAUCCAUUUUUCUUUCCUGUUAGAAAUGAAGUACAGUGUACUGUAGUCUUAUUUUUAGUCUGCAACAUUUUAUUUAUGAUUGAAACAUAGACAAAUCACUCAUUUGGACCUUGAGCAAUAGGAGGCACAGUAACAUUUUACAGAAUAUGCUGUUUUCUGUUUGUGCUGCCAAAAAAAGGAGCUGCUUCCUACAGCAGAGCUUCAGGCUCCCUGCGUCAGCGCUUGCAUAGGUGUUUAUUGUGUUGGUCAUUUAGGAAUGGCAGUUCAGCCGAAAGAAAAGGCAGUUCACAGUGUUUCCUGCUGUAUAUGGGAAUCUUCACUAUAAGCAGUUUGUAUAGUUUUAUGGAGUUUAAAUGGCUUGCAAUACAGUUUUUUGUUUGUUUUCCUAACUGAAAGCUCAGAUGCUUCCAGAAAAAUGGGUUUUCAGCUCAAAUCUAGAUAUUUUAUAAAUCCGAUACCCGUAAUUUCUUCUGAUCUUUUAUAACAAUAAUGAUCAUUUAAAAAUAAACGUUAAAAAAAAAACAACCUAAUAUAUAAGAAUUGAAUGGCUAUGAUUAGAAAGCCUAAUCCGAUAGUGGUAGCUUCAGUCAGUAGUGGCUGGGAGUUUUUCAAAGAAACAAGCACGAAGCUGCUUUGUCUCUUUGUGCUAGCAGUCGUAGUCCUCCGAUGCACUGCUGCCUCCCGGUGUCAUUUUGUAAAUAACGGAGACUGUUAAACUCCUUGGAGACUUUGUUUUCCACAGCUAACUUGUGAGUAUGAUCAUUUCAUCCAGACAGAAACCAAAAUUGGGAUUUUUACUUGCCAUGUUCUGGUCAAAUCACGUCAUCAUUAAUGGGAUUCUAACUUAUGGAGCCCUUUUUUCUUCAAUAUAUAUAUAUUUUUUUUUAAAUAAAAAAAGCUCAGCUCACACAAACCCUAUACAGACAUUAAUACUUGUUGCUGCGCACUAGGACUGCCAGACUGCCUUACCUGUUGUCAUACUUGUGAAAUAUUCAGGUUCACCUCAAGCACUUUUUAAGUUCAUAUUAACUCCAUAUUGUUACUGUUGCAUGCAUCUUUGUGAUUUUUUUUUUUUUUUUUUUUUUUUUUUAAAUUAGUUGCAAAUUAAUUUUUUGGCUAAUACAUCUUCAUGACUGCUGAAAUUAUAAAUGUCAACUGUCAGAAUAUAUUCAGAUCCACACUGGAAGUCACAAACAUGUAAAUGAUAUUAUAUUUACUGUGAUACACACGAGUCAGGGUUUGGUAUUAAUCAGUGCAGACAUACCCCUUGAGUAAGAACUGCAAAGUUAAGCUUUCAGCCAAAAAUACCACAAAAUUAAAGAAUAAUCAGAAAAUCUUCUCAGUCUGUCUGGUUUCUUUUUCACGGUGGCUCUUUGAAUGCAUCACUUCAUGUUAAGCUGCUAUUUAAGAACCAGCUCUUAAUUUUUAACUAAUAAUCAUGGAUUUCAAAACUAUAUCACACAAAAAAUAUCAAACGGUGAGCUUCAGCUUCACUGUUUACUGGGUCUGAACCUAAUUUGCAUUGUAGCCGUGAUGCAAACUGUUCAAACUGGACUCAAAGUCUUCAGAUGUUUUCACUUUUUUCAAAUGAUUUCAUUGUAAUUUAACUUUGAAUUGCUGUAUUUUUUCCUCUAUCAUUCUUCACUCUAACCCUUAUACAGAAGCAUAUACAGUAAAAGGUCCCACAGUUCACUCCAUGUCAGGAUAAAAACCAAGUCAGUGGAUUCAAAUAACUCUGUAGUUUUUAGAUAAAAUUGUGGCGAGGCUUAAAUAGUGACAAAGGUAUCGAACUGUUUCUCGAGCUGUCGCUUGUGAAAUAGAAACAUUUUAGAAACUCUAAGAUUCUUCCUGGAGUUCGCCCCACAGCCAAACAGAGAAGCCAAGCAAGAAGGGCAUUCAUCCAGGUCGUGACCAAGCACCCAAUGGUCAACAGUUUCAGACGUAAUCUUCACAGAUGGGAAAGCCAGAGUUGCUUCAGUCCACUGACUGUCCUUGAGCGGCUGAGCCAGAACCCAGAUGUGACGCUCAUGACACUGGUAGAGAGAACUAGAGAUGGCAGUUAUCCAAUCUGAUAAAGCCUGAAAGGAUUUGCCUGGAAAAAUGGAAUAACCUGCCUUUAUCCAGGUGUGCAAAGUCUGUAGACUUAGCCAAACAGAUAAAAAGCUUUUAAAGCUAUCAACAAAACUUCUGCAGAGCACUGAGUAAAAGAUCUAAAGGCUUUUGUAAAUCAAAUACUUGUGAUUUAGACUUUCAGACAAAUUUUGGGGGGAAAAAAUCUGGCAUGCUUUUGCUUGGUUAUGGGAAAUUUAUUGUAUAUUGAUGGGUUUUUGUUUUGUUUUUUAAUUUUGAAAAUUAAAAGUGUGGAAAAAGUGACAGGGUCUUAAAAUCUUCUCAAAGCACUGUAAACGCUUAUCUAAGACGAGUUGUUUGUUAAGCAGACCAAAUGUACAAACUGAGAACGUCUCGUACUUUGAAUUACAUAAAAACCAAACAUUUGUCUGCUUUUGCAUAUUUACAAGGAAGAGCGAGGACAGAGUAGCAUCAUGAGCUACUAAACCUGGAAAUAUCUUGGCUUGGGUUCUAUAAAAGUUACAAGCUUUAUUCAUUGGGUCAUUAAUACUGAACAUGAUUGAAGAAAAGCAAGUGGGAACGCUGUGAAAAACGCUGCAUCUCCUUCGGUGUGCGCACAGGGUUUAGUAUUAGUGUUCCUUAAAGCCAGUCCUGAAAAAUACUACAAGCUUCCAAAAUCAAUUACGGUGCAUGAAACAUCAGCCUCGCAACAAAAAAGGGGAAUUUCACUCUGACAAAAACAAAAAAAAGCCAACUGUUCUCACCGAUUUGUGCGCACAUAGCUUGCAUGAGAGUUUGUGAUUGGCUCUAACAGUGACCGCUGUGGUCGGUUUUGGGUUGGCACAGUGGAAACGUUUUGUGCAAAUUCAAGUAUAACGUAACAGCUUUUUUUUUUUUUUUUAAACAGACUUUAAAGUAAACAACAGUUUAGAAAUGUAACACUUAAUCAAAAGCACUGAGUAUGUAGUAGAAUAAGCAUGUAGGUACUGUUUCACAGAAGUGUCACAUUGAUAAAAUAAAUCAACACAAACAUUACAGUAAUGCUAAAAAAAAAAGAUAUCAAAGUCUUAAAAUUAGAUUAAAAUUUGUUUUACACCUGCAGUGAAAACACUUCUGUUUGAAAUCAACGUGCCCCUCUGGCCAGACUUUUUGCCCUCUGGACGCUAAUCUAGGGAUCAACUUCAAGCCCAGUUAAUUCAAUUUUCAGCCCAACUGUAUAAUAGGAGCAUUUUUUUAAAAACAUCUCUACAUCCCCAUGAACUUCAGAGCAGGUUACGUCUGAGUGAUGUGCAGCUAUAUCUAUGAAAGGUCUGACAUGGUCUUUCAGGAUGCUCCCACUCUAAUCUGGGAUUAUACUUUAUGUAAUCCACGACUGUAUGGCUGUCUCAGAACAAAUUAGCAUCUCCACACUGCAGUCUAUCCUUUUAAUCUAGAGUGCAAGCAAAGGUUACACUGCACCAUACGCAGAGCCACAAUCUGUGCAACUGAGAGACAAUGAGAUCAGUCUUUUCACUUUAUCUCAGGGACACCAUACUGGUACAAUAUCAUACUGAUGGUUUCAUUUCUUCAUUUUGAGGUCAGCUUCUAUGGCACUACGGCGCCCUCUGGUGCCUCCAUC